UUGCAUUUAGAAUGUUGACAAUUUUUGUUUUAAAUAGAAAUGGAAGAGAGUCAUUUCUUGUUUCCUUUAUUUUCUAAUAUAUUUAGUGAAAUUGGGGAGUUAAGAAUUUAGAGGGCCACUGAUUUCGGCCUCUGUACAAGAGUGACCCCAUUCAGACCGACAAUUGUUUGCUUCAUAAAUUUACUUACUUCACCGCCUAACAAAAUUCAUAGCGGCUAUCUGAUUCACCGGCACAGCCAUAAUUCACACAUCCAAACUGUUUCUACAAUUUAAUUCCUUCGAUCGUUCGCCCACGGGCUCCUGUCCGAGUCCAGUUCCUGUAAUCAGCUAUGGAGCGGUUAUCUGAUUCACCGGCACAACCAUAAUUCACACAUCCAAACUGUUUCUACAAUUUAAUUCCUUCGAUCGUUCGCCCACGGGCUCCUGUCCGAGUCCAGUUCCUGUAAUCAGCUAUGGAGGGUCAAGCACUCAUCUUUCUGAUUUGUAUUACUACAUUUCUUAUUGAAAGAAGUGUUGCUGGUAUUUUUGAUGUAACAUAUUAUGGCGCUUUUGGAGAUGGAGUGCACGAUGACACUCAAGCAUUCAAACAAGUUUGGAGAGCUGCGUGUAGCGAUGAAAAUCCAUCAAUACUUAUACCAAGUGAAAGAUCAUUUCUAGUAGGGCCUAUAACAUUUCAAGGGCCUUGUAAGCCAGCCAAUGUUCAUCUACAAUUAUUAGGAUCCAUUGUAGCACCCAAGGACCCAGUGGCAUGGACAGGUUGUGAAAAUGUAUGUUGGAUUUAUUUUACAGGAGUUGCUGGUCUUUUUAUCAAUGGUUCUGGUACUAUCAAUGGCAAUGGUCAACGGUGGUGGGAUACUCCUAGCCGUACCAGGGUCAACGGAACUUGCACUAAACCAACGGUUGUUCAAUUUAAUUACUGUAAUGGACUUCGAUUGAAUGGAAUAAAGCUAGUGAAUAGUUCAAGGGACCAUAUAAUUCUUACUUAUAACAAGGGAGUAACGAUCUCAAAUAUUCAUAUAAGUGCACCAAAUUAUAGUCGUAAUACCGAUGGUAUCGAUAUCUUUUUCUCUAGACAAGUUCAAAUUAGAGAUUCCAUUAUUCAAACAGGUGAUGACUGCAUUGGCAUCAAUACUGGAUGCUCUGAUAUCAAUAUUACUGGUAUUAGAUGUGGACCAGGUCAUGGUAUAAGUAUUGGAAGUUUAGGUCCAAAUAAUACAUUUGCUAAUGUGGAAAACGUUUAUAUUACAAAUUGCCACUUAGAGGAUACCCAAAAUGGUGUAAGAAUUAAGACAUGGCAGGGUGGUUCAGGAUAUGCUAGGUCUAUACAUUUUGAGAAUAUUAACCUCAAAAAUGUGGAAAACCCAAUCAUUAUUGAUCAAAAUUAUUGCAAUUGUGGCCAUUCAUGUCAACCUCAGGUAAGUGCUGUUAAAGUGAGCAAUGUAACAUACAAGAAAAUAUAUGGAACUACAAGCAGCAAGCUAGCAAUAAAGAUGAAUUGUAGUAAUAGCACAGCUUGCACUAAUGUUGAGCUGGAGAAUAUAUACAUAACUUCAGUUGAGCCUGGAAAAAAGAUUUUUGCUACUUGUAAUAAUGUUAAAGGAAAAGCUUCUUCAAACUCACCUCAUGUAUCUUGUUUGUCACAAUGAUAACUAUAUAGCAAAAUAUUUCUAUAACCAUUUUUUAAGACUGGUAAUUGAAUUUGACAAAAAAACUUAACUAGUGA